AUGUCAGGCUUCACUGCGCUCAACGUCGAGCCCGAGGACACUUUUGAAGAAGAAAUCGACGAUACAAAAGAAAUCCAGCUUGAAGAAGCCUUCAAACUCUAUCAAAAUGCCUUGAAACUUCAUUCUCAAGGCCCCGAGUAUUUCGAGGAAGCUCUUGCUGCCUACCACGACUUGUUACAAUCAGAGGUGUUCAAAUACCCAGAAGCAAUUUCCGACUACUCUCACGAUGAAACCGAAGACGACCCUGCUGCAGCAAGUAUUGCAACUGAUACCGCGGCGGCCGCAUUGCUCCCCAGCAGCGCUGCCGAAAGCUCGGCGAGUUCAAUCCCGCAACUUCUGUACCUUGCUUUCAAGAAUCGGGGCCAAUUUCUGCUAGAUGUGGCGCAUCACAAGGUCCCGGACAAGAACGGUUCCAGAGCGGAGCUGUGCAGAUUCUACGUCAAUGCUUGUAACAAAAGCAUCCGAGAUUUUGCCAAGGCUCUUGAGCGCGACGAUGCGGACCUCGAUCUGUGGAAAAAGUCUGCCCGCGUUGCAGGCGUCUUAUCAUCCCAGAGGGUGGCUCGCUUCUGCUUGGAAAGUGUUCUUGCUGGCGACGACGAAGAUGCUGAACAGACUAUUGAUUUGUCAGGCCUCGAUGAAGCCUUCGCUGCCGGUGAACUAGAGGAAGUGCUGGACAUUUUAUAUGACGACCUCAGUCGUCUGAGAAGUGCAGAUGUCAAAGUGAAGAACAGCCUACUGGAGGCACUACGAAGGACUAAUGACCCUUAUCCUUUCCUCCCUAAGCGUGGGAAGACACUGGAAUACCUUGAUGAGCGACAUAGACCCCUAAGUCUUGAGAGUGCCUCGGUCGAGCUUGCCCUAGACAAUUUUGUCGCUCUUGGGAAGGCGAUCGAGAAGAUUAUUUCAAGUGUCCAACAUGAGUCCGCCUCAUACACGUCCGCGACGCAGGUGAAGCUUGUAUCACCUAAGUUGGAAGCCGAUCACCGCAAUCAUGAGACGAAUGUUGCCGAUGUCGAUCUCAACGAGUCUCCCACUGGCGCUGAUUCAACGCAAGACCUGGAAAUGCAGGAUCAUCCAGAAGCCAAUGCCGCGAAUAAAGUGGCCGUCGAAUCUCCCCAGCAAAUCUCACCAGGAAAGGAAGAGAUUGACGAUACCACAUCUGUUGGAAAGGAUGCCGAGAAACUUGAUGAAACGAUGGAUGAUAGCACCAUUGAAGUUCGCACCGCUAUGCCCCAACCGCCGAGCCAACUUGUACCCGCUACUGCGCGCAAGCGCUCCGCAACUAUUGCUGGGAACGAGGAGCCAGAGAGUCGAACAAAGAGCAAGCGAUUACGCGCACGAGAGUCACUGGUAGGGACGAGUGUACUUGAAGAGGACCGUGCUCCCGAAGACCAACAGUCAUUUGUUGAUCACCUUGCAACCUACGAACAAGCCGAUCAAACUGCUUUUGAUGUGGUCAACUCUUUGCUGGCGAAGUUUGAUUUGAGAAUCUACCUCUCCUCAGAAGACAGUAGACGAACUUUCUGGCAAGGUUGCAGUGGCACAGGGCUAUCCGAUAUGUCAAAAGACGAUCUCGUCUUACUUGCUGACCUGAAAAACUCUCUCAAAAACUGGUCCGAUGACAAUAGUCAAGCGCUGAUGCAGGGACAUGGCAGCCAGGAUUUUACUGAGGGCUCUACUGGAAUGUCUCUCUUUGCACAACACUCGAAGUCUACAAUUUCUCGGAAGACCGCACGAGUCGAAGGCUCAAAUGAAGAUGCCCUGUUGUCUAUACUGAAUCGCGUGAACGCGAGAUCGGUAAACAUCUAUCAAGCUGCAUUUGAUUGGCUAUUCUUGACGCUCGUGUCGGGAGUAGCCUCUACAACGUCCCUCCCUUCUUCCUACAUGCGAGAAAUCUGGCCAGAAGAAAUGAAAAACACAGUAACGAAUUUGGCUCGCCUUGCAGACGCGUAUCUCUACGAAACGUUGCGUGAACGUUGCGCGUCUCUGGCUGAAGCUAAGCAGCUACCAGGCACAGACGGAUGCACUUUGAUCAAACAGCUCUUCGAGUUUGUACAGACCUUAUUUGAACUUCACCUUGAUAUCUUUAUGCCGAUGACUGAUCCAAACACUACAAUCGAAGACGAAGUUCGGAUUGCUCAAGGUGACCGUCUCAGACGAUGGGCAACGCUGGCUGACGACUUCUUGCAAUUAUACCUGGCCGAGGAAGAAAAGCCGCAGUUGACAGACACAUUGAUCUUGCGAUUCAUCUGGGCGACCACUGUCAACGCAACGAUGACCAAGGGGGUCGACAAAACUCACGUGGUGUUGUGCUUGGAUGAUCUCAAAGCAAUUCUUCAAAGAACAAAUGCUGAUAACAUCCACCUCCCCAACAAUGAAGCUAUGCCUGUGAUUUCAGUGAACGCUGUUGAGCAGGAAAUCUCUCGCUUGAGUACCAUCGACUUCUUCAGAAGUAUCUUUGACAACGAUAGCAGCGACCCGAUUGCAGUGAUAGAAAAGUUGGAGCCGAUACUUGAAUCCACUUCUGAGGGAGGACAAGAUGGCGCAGGUUCUGACACUCUCGGUGAACAAUCUCCCCAGGUUGGGCAAUUGAUUAAAUUCUUGGAAUCUGGCGAUGCAAGCUUGAAGCUCUUUUUAUGGCGACGUCUACAAAAUGCUUACACCGCCAUAUCAUAUGCACCAAAGGUUGUAUCUUGCCUCCUGCGUUCAAUCGAGAUGAGCUUCAAAGAAAUGUACACGAACCGACAUCUAGAGCUGAGCGGUGGAGACCGCCAAGUCUCCAUGCUGAAGUGGCUAAGAGAUAUCGACGAGCUUAUGUUGAAAGUUUUGAUAAAGCUCACGAACGAAUCCAAUGCUUUUGAGUGUCUGGACGAAGCACAUUUGUUCUCGACCUUGAGCGUGGUAACUAGCCUUGUCAAGCUUCUCCAUGGAUUCGCCGUUUAUGAAGACUCAGUAAGGGUGAAACAGACAAUCGGACCUCAGUUGAAGGGCACUGCUUCAUCCAGGUUGUAUGACAAAAGCAAAGAACGUUUCAGAGAUAUGCUCGUCCGUGCAUGGACAUUGCAAUAUCUUCUCCUGAAAGAAGCCGUCUCACAAGAUCCUGCUGCGUACCCUCGAGCUUCAGAUGACCUCGCAGAAUAUCUGGGCAGUGUUCAUCAUAUGCUCGGCAUCAGACGGUAUUGCAAAUAUGCCGCUAAGACGUUCUUGAAGCUUGCAAGGAGUGAGUUGGGGAUACUUAACACUCAACAGGACUUUUCUGCAGACAUGUCCCAAGUUCUCUUUGAUCUUUACCAGUUGCAUUUCAUCACUGGUAUUGGAGACCGGGAUCACGGAUGUUCUGCUGAGAACAUUUAUAAAAAGACUGCUGGGUCGUUGAUACCUACCAUCAUGCGAUAUACCAGUCAGAUGCAAAUGAAGGAUAUCCUCAAAAGCGAACUGAAGGGCACAAUUGAAAAGAUCCAGCAAGCAUUAGAAACAGUCAAGAGUCCUCCUGCUGUGAGUUACAACAAACGGAUCAUUUCAAACUAUCUGAAAUCCCCCAUCAUUCCAAAUGAUCUGUAUCGUUCAGUACGCGGCAUUGGAGAUCUUCAAACGCGGCCAGUGCCGUACGAUUCGAAUAGUCCUGCUCGUCAAGGAUGGUUUUUCCUCCUGGGUUACUUAACACUGGCAAAAUACAAAUCGGUUAAGCGCGUUCAACCUACGCCCGCAAACGAUCUUGAUAAUGCGGCCGCAUUUUUCCGGCAAGAUCUAGAUCAUGACAUCGACAAGUGGGAGUCGUGGUAUCGACUUGCCCAGGUCUACGAGGCGAAAAUAGAGGACGACCUGAUCUGGAAUUCCACCAAGCUCAAUGAAUCUAGAGGUGACAUUGCACUCCUCGAACGCCAGGCAAUACAUUGUUAUAUUAUGGCUACCGCCAUGGCCUUGAGAAACGCUGACGACAGAUUUGAGAUAACGCAGAAAAUGCAGGAGAUGUUUGCAGAAUUUGGAACGCGCUUAUAUGCCUCAUCCAGACCUCCGCUGAAUAUGGAGGCUUUCAGAACUGAUAAAAACAUGCGACACAUGAGCAGCGUGGUUGAUCGGACUAUGUCAAAGCAGCCUUUCCACAAACCAAUUGGUGAAUAUGCUCUCUGGCACUUCGCAGCAUAUUUGCUCGGUAAGAAGUUCAAUGACAAGCCAAAGCCGUGGAUAACGCACUAUACUCGAGCCAAGUGUCUAUGGAAGAUGUUCCAGAGUCCCGAGAACAAUGGACGGGUCACCGCCGAGGACGUGAUCGAUGGCAUCACUGGCGCCUUGGAAGCUUUGCCCAAGAAGGAACGGUCAACCGAACCCAUUCUAGAGCCACAUUACAAGCUUGUGUCAGUGGUCCAUAAGAUGGUUAAACGCGGUUCAAUUUCUCCGUUACAGGGCCAGGAGUACAUGCGUAUGACUCGUUUUGCUAGCGGAAUCCACCUAGCCGAUGACGAGGGAGACGUCGACUGGGAGCCUUAUGUUCUUGACAUACUACACAAGCUGGAGCACGCCGACAAAUCGAACUGGCACCACAGAAUCACAGCUCGUGCGGCACAUGUAUUGUACGACGAUGAUCCAAGCAUUGCAAAUGCUCUUGGCGCAAAAUACGAAUUCACCAAGCAAAUUUUUACCAAGACAAUGACCAUCCAGGUCUGGAAGCCUGAGUAUGAACGCCCCGGCCGACAUUAUGUCUACACUGGGCGAUAUGUAACUUAUUUCGCGCAUUUGUUGGAACAGCUCAGUGACCGCGUCAAUUUGGAUCAGCUAGUCCGUCGAAUCAGGAGAAAGACAACUGACUUUCUGGAUCAUGCGAAGGUCUGGGAAGAUGUGGUGGCGGCAUUUGUUCGAAGCUUACGACGGAUUGGAAAGAUUCCAGACGGUCACGAGAGAACUGUGUUUGAUGGCAUGAAUCACGAAGAGUUCACCAAAAAGUCCGAACAGCUGGAGCAAUGGUCCCACGAGCCCGACACCACUUCCGUCUUCUUGGACAUCAUGAAGGAUGGGAUAGACCUGAAACGUCUUAAUAACAGUUUGAUGAAGGGUCCCCUGAUUGAUGAUCUGAUCGGCGAUUCGUACGCAUGCCUCUUUGAGGAAUACGUCAGACAGCUCCCUCCAGAGGAACAGCCUCAGCCACAACCAGCGCCUCUGCCGCAAGGCACAUUCAUUAACAUGACAGCAGAUGUUGUGCAGUCUGGCGAAGAAGAUGCUGAGAAGACGCGCGUGAACGACAUGCUCCGAGCUCAGGGAGAUGGUGCAGCAGACGGGCCGCUGUCAGUAUCGAUCUCCGCGCCAGUAGGACUUGGCCUGCAAAAUUCUGCAUCGCCAUUUCCAAACACAACGCCACUUGCGGAGGCUCCCCGCGUCACUAGUAAGCCUGGACGUGUGAAGACUGUCACUAGGCGUGAGAUUCAGCGUAAGGCCGAAGCCGCCAUUGUAAAGCCACCACCUAUCAAGACGCCAAUCCUCGGAAAGAGGCCUAUCGUGGAGAUAUCAGGCAGGACUGGGCAGGAUUCACCCCUGGACAAGCGUCUUCAGGAUGCAAGAGAGGAAGAUGGCGAGGGUAGCAAGUCGAGCUCUAGACGAGGCAGUGUGCAUGAUACCGAUGGCGGUGAGGCUGAUGGAGAAGACGAGUCUGGUAGUGAACUUAGUGAUCUCGACGAUCUGGACGACGAUAAGAAGCAGUUGAUGUCGGAGCUUGCGAAGUCCAACAAUCAGGAAGAUGACGAGGGUGAUGAAGAAGGGCAAGAAGAUGGCGACGGCGAAGAGGAGGAAGGAGAGGAAGCAGAGGACGAUGAUCAGCAGAGAAGUGAUCAGGAAGAUGAAGAAAUGGUCGACGUCAACGACGGUGAUAUCGAGAUCAAGGACUCCCAGGAGAACGUUGGUGAGCAGGACGAACAUGAGCCCCUGGAGGGUUGA